AUGAUUCUCCCCAAAGAAAUUUCCUAUGAAGUCAAGAAGGAGUCAACCAAGUUUCAAGUCUUUUAUUUCUCAUUCCACGGUCUGGGUGCCUGUCCUCGCGCAUUACUCUGCUUUGGAGGUGAAGGGAUCCAAUGGGAAAACAAGCUUACGACCAUGGAGAAAUGGCCUCAGGACAAGACAACGACCCCCACAGGGUACGUGCCUGUCUUGAUUGAGACCGAUCUCAAGACCAACACCACAAUCGAGAUCCCAGAAUCGUUAGCGAUGGAACGGUAUCUGGCUGCGAAGUUUGGUCUGUUGGGCGAUAAUGCUCGUGAGCAGACUCUGAACGACAUCUUUUAUGCUCAGGCUGUGAUGUUGAAUACAAAGUUUGUUGACAAGGUUUUUUGGACCUUUGAGGAAGUUCGCGUCAAGAGUUUGAACCAACUCUUGGAGUCUACUCUUCCCGACUGGGUCAAGCUCUGUGAAAAACAUUUGAUGGAGAAUGGCAAUACGGGACACUUUGUUGACAAUAAGUUCACAUUAGCCGAUAUUAAGACUGCGGUGGUCUUGGACACAUUCUUGGGUUUAGACUCUGAGAAGGUCCUUGGCCCCAUUAGUAGCCCUGGACUUUGGAAGCUCAAGGAGACUGUUGAUACUCACCCAGUCUAUGCUGCAUGGCGUAAGUCUGAGGAGUACAAGAUUUUCGAUAGCGAAACUCAGGCUAGUGUUGGUACUUUGAUGUCAUUUAACUUGUCCAAGUCGCAUAUCUUUACUUGAAAGCAGGAUAAGGAAGAUCUAUCAAUUCUGCAUCACACACACACACACAUUAACAAGUUCAUAAAAAGAAAUAAAAGAAAUGCAGUUGUAAAUGUUAUU